AUGGCAGCAUUGCAGGAGAAAAAGUCAUGCAGCCAGCGGAUGGAGGAAUUCCAGCGCUACUGCUGGAACCCAGACACGGGGCAGAUGUUGGGCCGGACCCUGUCCCGGUGGGUGUGGAUCAGCCUCUACUAUGUGGCCUUCUACGUGGUGAUGACCGGACUCUUCGCCCUGUGCAUCUACUCGCUGAUGUGUACGCUUGACCCAUACACGCCUGACUACCAAGACCAGCUAAAGUCACCAGGGGUGACCUUGAGGCCAGAUGUCUACGGGGAGAAAGGCCUGGACAUUUCCUACAAUGUCUCUGAUAACAGGACCUGGACGGACCUAGUGCACACCCUCCACGAAUUCCUGGCAGGCUACUCGCCAGUGGCCCAGGAGGACAACAUAAACUGCACCUCUGAGAAGGUGUUCAUCCAGGAAAGCUUCAGGGCCCCUAACCACACCAAGUUCUCCUGCAAGUUCACAACCGACAUGCUGCAAAACUGCUCAGGCCUGGUGGAUCCCAACUUUGGCUUUAAGGAAGGAAAGCCGUGUUUCAUUAUUAAGAUGAACAGGAUCGUCAGGUUUCUCCCCAGCAACAAAACAGCGCCCAGGGUGGACUGCGCCUUCCUGGACCAGCACCAAAAGGACGUCCAGCCCCUGCAGGUGGAGUACUACCCGCCCAACGGCACCUUCAGUCUACACUACUUCCCUUACUAUGGGAAGAAAGCGCAGCCCCACUACAGCAACCCUUUAGUGGCCGUGAAGCUUCUCAACGUCCCCAGGAACACAGAAGUUGUCAUCGUGUGCAAGAUCCUGGCAGAACAUGUGACCUAUGACAAUCCCCAUGACCCCUUUGAAGGGAAAGUGGAAUUCAAGCUUAAAAUUCAGAAGUAAUGGACCAAGGAGGCUGGCCUUACCCUUCAUGGUAACUCGCAGACCUCCAUCCUCCAAAGGAGCUGCCCGCUGGCUCUGCACCAAGCCAGCUUUCAAAUGUUCCAAAACGCAAACUCUAAGUCUGCUCAGUAACUCCAGACAGGCACCUGUGCGUCACGCACUUGGCUUUAUAAUCAACUAUUUCUUAUUAAGUCUUUAUUAUUUUUUAGAUAGAGUUUAUAGCUAUGAUAAAAAUGUUGGGUUAACAUGGUAACCCUAAGACAGAAGCUAUCCAACUAACAAGACCCUAAAUGAUUCAUCUUUCUGUAUAGACAUCACUUUUCUUACUAUAACUUAUUUUUUCUAUAUAUCAAUGAACUACCACCCAUAGUAAUAUAAAAACUAUCAAUGAACUGAUAUAAAAUAUGACUUACGAAAAUGUACAUCCUUGAUGCUUGCUUUAAAGAAUGUAGUUCCUAAAUUGUAAAAAUAAGUAAAGUCACUCUUACUCUACAUAAAACAGCCAUGUCUUUCCUGAUAAGGGGGGAAAAAAUCAACAACAAAAAAUCAAACACCUCUUUCUUUAAAAAUCUGCUUUUUAAAGUUUCCAUUGCAAGUCAGGGAAAUUACAAAACAAUGUUGGAGAGAGACUGUCACCUGAAAGCAGUUCCAGGACAUAAGUAAAACGCAAGGGUGUCACCAAUGUGAGAGAACCUAUGAGCUAGAGGUCAUAACAAACAGUAAUUAACCUUCCUUUCACCAAGCACAAGACCCUCCUCCAACAGCCAGGAACUCGUGAGUCUGCAACUCUAGGCCUUUUGAAAAAACUGAAAUGAGAACAUUCUGUGUGAAUAAACCUGCUCUCACCGUGUCGCCCACUUGCGCCCAAACCAUAGCUUGAGGCCUGGUGCCCUCUUCCCACAAGAGUACCAAGCGCAGCGUCGCCGGUUGCCACCAACAGAGUGACACAGACAGCUGCACACAGCUCCUGAACAGGAGAAUCUGUCAGCAUGAAACCCAGUUAUAAACAGUGUUUGAGGAGAGAAUCAAAACCCUUUCAGUAUUCUGUAAGGCCACUGACUCAUUAGUUGCUGGACAGCUCUACCACAUAAGACAAUGGUCAGUGUCCUUCACCGCUGAUAUGAUCAGUAAAAACCUUUUUUUAAUCCUCACCUGAGGAUAUUUUUUUCCACUGAUUUUUCUAGAGAGAGUGGAAGGGGGAGA